UCCUACACUAGAGAUGAAUGUUCGACCUUUGAAUCACACAGUCUCUAGUGUAGUUUUAGCUUGUUCAAGAUCACUAACCCUCGAGGUGGGAAUGGUGAUCCACGCCAUUGCUCUCAAACUCAAAUUCUUGCCAGACACGAUUGUUUCUACCUCUAUCUUUGAUAUGUAUGUAAAAUGCGGGAGGCUGGAGAGUGCUCGUAGAGUGUUUGAUGAAACCAAGUCUAAAGACUUGAAGUUCUGGACUUCAGCUAUGUCAGGUUACGCGAUGAACGGUAUAACUAGAGAGGCAAGGGAGCUCUUUGAUUUGGUGCCUGAGAGGAAUAUAAUCUCGUGGAACGCGAUGUUGGGUGGAUACGUGCGUGCCAGCGAAUGGGACGAGGCGCUGGAGUUUUUAGCCUUGAUGCGCAAGGAGGUGGAAGGUAUCGAUAACGUCACUCUCGUGUGGAUUCUGAAUGUCUGCUCAGGUGUUUCAGAUGUUCAGACGGGGAAGCAAGCUCACGGUUUCGUCUACAGGCAUGGUUACGAUGGGAAUUUGAUUGUAGCUAAUGCGCUUCUCGAUAUGUAUGGCAAAUGCGGCGCCUUUGGGAGCGCCAAUGCUUUGUUCCGUCAGAUGAGUGAGCUAAGAGACGAGGUUUCAUGGAACGCUUUGUUAACUGGCUUAGCUAGAGUCGGCAGGAGUGAGCAAGCCUUAUCUUUCUUCGAAGGGAUGCAGUUCGAGGCGAAGCCUAGCAAGUACACACUCGCUACGCUCUUAGCGGGCUGUGCGAACGUUCCUGCUCUUGGUUUAGGCAAAGCAACUCAUGGUUUCUUGAUCAGAAACGGAUAUGAUGUUGAUGAUGUCCUACGCGGUGCUAUGGUUGACAUGUACUCCAAAUGCCGAUGUUUCGGCUAUGCUAUCAAAGUAUUCGAAGAGGCGGCUGCUACAAGGGACUUGAUGCUGUGGAACUCUAUGAUCCGUGGUUGCUAUCGUAAUGGGAGAAGCAAAGAGGUGUUUGAGCUGUUCAUGGCUAUGGAAGCUGAAGGAGUUAAGCCUGACCAUGUCACCUUUCUGGGGAUCUUGCGAGCUUGCAUACGCGAAGGCCACGUGGAGCUCGGUUUUCAGUACUUCAGUUCUAUGAGCAACAGAUAUUUUGUAUUGCCUCAGGUUGAGCAUUAUGAUUGUAUGGUUGAACUUUACUGCAAGUAUGGGUGUUUGCGUCAGCUUGAGGAGUUUCUCCUGCUGAUGCCUUUUGAUCCACCUGUCCAAAUGUUGACAAGGAUAAAUGAUGCGAGCAAAAAGUACGGGUGGCGAAAGUUAGGAGAAUGGGCUGCUGAACGGCUUCAUGAAUGAUCAUCACGAGGAGGAAAGAGAUUGUGUUUUUGCAUAUGCAUUUUUGAGAAGAUUGCAGACAAAUCUGGUGUCUUUUGAAGACCAUGAAGAGGAAAGGGGAUGCAGGAGGUGAAACAAUUAGAGAGACAUCAUUAGUCUCUCCUGCCACUCCUAGAGUUCCUUGAUGACAGAGAUACAAUCCCCCACUGACCAUGCAACUUUCAUAAUGUAAGUUGUUCACUCUUAUAUAAGCUAUUAAUCAAGAUUGAUCUCUGAGUAUUUGCAGUUCUUGUUAUGAGGAUUGUCACACUUUUUUGCGUUUAAUCUCUGUUUUGUAAUUUUCAGAGUCUGAUAUUCAGAGAAGUCUGAUAAUCUUUUUAUCAAAAAGAUCAGUGUGAUGUCAUUUUAUUUGAUAUGUAAAUGCAGAACCAUUUGUAAAUAAUAACUGAUGUCUUUUGGAUGAAUACAAGAAUAGAAGUAUAUUAUUAUCAA